CCAGGUCGUACCAGAAUACAAAUCAGUGAUAUUCGACAAGUUUUUUAAGGAAUCAAAACCUACAAGCAACCUCUGCUUGACUUAAUAUGUCGUUAUUUACUAGUUGGGAGCUUUACAAAGGUGCUGCCUUUCUAAAGGUCUCGUUUUGAGUGAAUCUUUGAGAGGUUAUCUUGACAAUGCUCGACUCUAAGGAUCCCUUGGUAUCUCUCAGAGAAUUUGACCCUUACAGUCGCGGUUAGUUUAAGAGACUGCAAAGGUAUAAUCCAUUUCACUAAAGACAGACACCUGCUUUGUCAACGUCUGACACAACUGUGUUUACCGAAUAUGCGAUGCAGUAAUAGCGUGUGCCUAUUAAACUUCGCGUAGAUACGCUUCGUUUCGUGCCCACAAUAACCAGCUGUCUGGAACAAUGCGUGACUAAGUGCAAGCUUGUGGACGUCAAUUUGACGUCGCGUGUUGGUGCAAGCGAUGUACAGAUCUUCAUACAUGCUACCCGUUGAUGUUCAGUCGAAGCUACUUUUAGGAAAAGUUCGUCCUGAGUUAAAUAUAGCAGGCGAAUUUACUCACUUCUGGGGGUGUCUACCACAGAUUGCUGUUGGAGCAGACCGUAAUUCUCAUAUGGAGUGGCGAACCCCUGAUGAUUCUCCGAUUCAAUCAUUGCGAAACUGCAUCUGAGGUCAGAAGUACUACUCUAAAAGUGGACGGGCCGCAGCAAGCAAGCGCUCCGACCUUACACCGUGCGCUAAAAUAAGGUAUGAUGCCUGACAACCAGUAUAUCGAAGUCCUGCUUUUGACAUUAAUAUGGUGUAUUUCGGUAGACGCGUUACAGCCAGACAGCGAUCGGAAAAUAGAACUGAACCCCUUGUGCCACGCUCCAUACCCCAAAUCACGCUCUAUCGAGACUCAACGAACGACAAAUGUCUCUCCGCCAAAUAUCAUCAUUAUUGUUAUUGACGAUCUUGGUUGGGACGAUAUUAGUCUUCAUGGAAGCCAACAAAUACUUACGCCAAACAUCGAUCAGAUAGCCAAGGAAGGUGUGUUACUUGAAAACUAUUAUACUCAAGCGAUAUGUACCCCAUCGCGAGGCGCCCUUAUGACAGGUAUGUACCCGAUCCACUUGGGUCUUCAACACGACGUCAUCGCCGGAGCCCAGCCGUGGGGCUUGCCUGCUGAAUUUAAAAUUAUGCCUCAAUACCUUGAAGGUGCCGGCUACGAGAGCCAUAUCGUCGGAAAAUGGCAUUUGGGUCACAGCCGAUCUGAGCUGUUACCGACUCAGCGUGGGUUUAAGACUCAUUUUGGGUUUAGGCUUGGCCAUAGUGAUUAUUACAACCACUGGGGUAGUGAAAGCUCUUUAGUAUCCGGUGAACUUUAUAAGGGCCUAGAUCUUUGGACAAACCAAUUGCCUGAACAGCGAUUUCACGGCAAGUACGCCAACGACAUCUUCACGAAGAGGGCCAUCAAUAUUCUCGAGAAUCAUAACAUGUCGAAACCGUUGUUUCUUUACAUUGCACACCAGGCGGUCCACGUUGCUAACAGCGAAGCACCUCUCCAAGCUCCACUUGCGUUCAUUGACAAAUAUAACGCAAAAAUCCUUGACGAAAAACGAAGACACUAUGCAGCGAUGGUGUCAGCCAUGGACAGUUCAGUUGGAGACCUUAUGAAGGCAGUAAAGGACAAUGGUUAUGCGCAGAACACUAUCUUGUUCUUCACCAACGACAAUGGUGGACCAACAAACGGCAUGGCGAACAGCGGCUCCUCAAAUCAUCCCCUUCGAGGUUCGAAAUAUACCCUGUGGGAGGGCGGGGUUCGUGGAAUCGGUAUCGUUUGGGCACCAGGUCUGCUCAACAAGGGAAAAUACACCAAGUUGGUACAUAUCUCGGAUAUUUUACCAACAGUUCUUCAAGCGAUUGGCCAGCCCAUACCGUUAGAGUUCGAUGGAAUUUCAUUUUGGGAUCAACUGCGCACGGCAACAGGAGAUCAUCGAACCGAAUUGUUGCAUAACGUCGACACAGUAUGGGGAACAUCCGCCUACCGUUUGGGUGAUUUCAAGCUCAUUUCUGGCAUUUGGGAUGGCGGUCGCUAUGACGGAUGGUACCCAACCGUCGAGGCGACUAGUUUUAAAAGAACAGUUAAAUGCGCCGGCAAUGGAACAUACUGCAAUGGCGCCAACAGACCUUGCCUCUACAAUCUUCGCGAGGACCCCUGCGAACAAAACGAUGUUUUUGACGAGCACCCCGACAUUGUGAAGGCGAUUACCACUAAGAUAAGGUGUUAUGCCAAAACAAUGCGACCCAUAGAGAACAGACCUAAUACGAACGCGGCCGAUCCGGCCAAUUUCAACUUCAUUUGGAUGCCUUGGGAAGACUACACGAUGUUAGAUUCAAUCAGAUAAUAGCCGUAAUACACGAUCAUGCUAACAUGGGCACAAAGUGAUCGUGUCUGGGUAUAACUGAAACAGCGUUAAAUAAUCACAGGCAAGGGCAUUGGGCAGCUCAUAGUUCGAUUCGUGACGAGUAGCAAAUGCAUUCAUCGAUAAGUGCAUAACUUGUGUUUACCUUUUAAAAUUAAAAACAUAAAUAAUAAUUACGUUACGUUAAGGUGCCCUAGUCGUAUAUACAAGAAAACUAUUCUGUAACGUACGAAAUUAUUUUCUGUUUGCUUUUUUUUCAUUCGCUCUAUACACACGAUUGUAGAAAGUCACAGGAUUGAGAUCCAGUGAAGUAGCGAAGUACUACUAUUCACAGCGACUGUCAUAUAAGCGUAUCUUUUUCGACAAGUUAAUGUUAAUAGAUAGGAACACGCGUACGCAUAUGAUCAAUAUGGGUUCUCAAAAAUAUUGCACUGAUGAUUAUAGAUGUGAACGUGUCCCUAUACCAAGCUUCAUUGUCAUCCCUUUUGUUUUCUUUGAACUUAUUCACCUUGCUAAGUGACUUGAAAUAUAUAAAAAGAUAUCUGUCGACUAUUUUCGUAUUCCAUAUAUUUUAAUCGUAGUGCACGAUUCUGCACGUAGUGCACGAAAACUGGGGUUCUUCAUCGGUUACUUUCUGUAUUUGGUUGUUCGUGGCGACAUAAGUUCUCACGAGGCUAAUUCGACACACGGUUGAAAAAAAGUACAAUGAUAAAAGCGAUAUAGUGAACCGGUGUUACUUGAAAGUUACUCUACUAAAAUCCGUAAGGAGCUGAUUUAGUCCUCUGAGAAAGCACCACUAAGUGGUUCAGCUGGUCACCUGCCGACAAACGUCCUUUGUUUCUAUUGAAGUUAGUCUGGCCUCGGUGUAGAUCGAAAGCUCGCAGUUAUUCUGUCGCAAGCAUCAGUAGCUUCUAGCUGUAACGUACCACGAGGAUCCGCUAAUCUGAUUGAAAAUAUUUAUUAAUGGAUGUUCAUAGAGAAAGGCGCUCUGCAGUGGGCGCUUCCACCAGGUUCAAGAACAAUUAUAAACAGGGUCAGAUCGGACCCCUAGCAACAACAUACAGACUACAUACGUAUAAAGCACCUCGUCAGGACACAUUAGGGAAACAAACAAUUUACCAAUAGCAAUUUCAGUUUAAACUUUGUCCUUAACUUAGACGCAUGCCUUUAUUUUUAAAGGUAGACAGACUCAGCUAGUCCGUAGAUUUAUAUAUUAGGUUAUGUCAAAGUUUAACUUAUACGACGCUUUCAUCUUUGGGGAUAUUUUUCGAGUUUUCCAUACAUAUGGUCCCAUGAAAGCAGGUUUUACCUCUGACAAGCCUACCAAGAAUGUCGUCCGUCGUAAGCCGUCAGUUAACAGAACUUCUACCUCGAGCUCAAACCAAAUAGGAUCUCUCUGAAUAAUCCCAUUUGAAACUUGUUAAUGGAGUCAAAAUCGGCAAAGGAAAGUAAUUGAGCUUCUAAUAUUCCCAGCCGCCCACGCCAGUUUAGAGUUCGUCCAAACAUCUUUUUUUGAGACGAACUUUCCCCUCGAACCGACCGUAGCACGCUCCUGAAAUGCAACUUAGCGGCAGAGUUUAGUUAUGAUCUCUCGUGGUAUACCCCAAAGCCAUUUUCAUUAUCUAACGAUGCGCCUGCGUACUAAACCGCGAGAGGCUGUGGAAGUUUUUGGUACGCUUUUUGCCGAUCCAGUAGAAGUCAUUGCUUUCAACAAUAUGUGUCAGAAAAUUAACUUUGUUUUAACUUAUACUACUCAAACAUGAUGACUGCAGAAUCGAAAAGUCGUUGACUUCAGGAAGCUCCGGAUAAAGAUGGUUUGACGAAUUAGAGCUCAGGCGUCGUAUCAGCGUCCUACCUCUACCAUCUGUGAAAAGUUUUGGAAGCCCUGCUCUCUCGCAUUAAAUCAGCACUUAAAUUGCAAUAAAUCAGAUUGCGCCAGAUUUGGGUAGGCUUGUAUUUCAGUCAUUGAUAAUCUUUUCUUCAGCUAGCCGGAUCACGGUAAGUCUGUCGUACUUGGAUUCACAGAUGUUGUUGUAGGAGAAUUUCAAAGAAGGCAAAAAAAUCGAAUUCACGUUCCAGUCUGAUCGAGGUAAUUUAUUUGGAUCUAAUCUUAACGUUGACUAGUAUAGUAGUCAGUAGGACCACUUGCACAGGUAAGCCUAUAUAGAAUACCUGGGUGGAACUUAAUUUGGCCUUUCUCGGUGGCAGAUGGAGAAAUAGAUGAUUAGGAUCGGCAUUUAAUUGAUAGCUAACACAUGCUCCAUAAAUGAUUGGGAAAAAAUGUUUUCUUCUGGUUAUAUUCUAUGAUUGAGUACCAUGUAAGGGGUAUGAAAUCUUACGGCCUACGCAUGCGCGUGCCUCGCUAAAUACGUUUUUUCGGCACGGACCAUUUAUUACAUCUUUUCGCUAUAGAUAAUACGCAAGUUAGCGGUGUGACAAACCCUAUACAGUGUUGAGUCACAUAGAGACUAUACAGCUGCGCGUUGGACGCUUUCCUUCACCUGACAUUUAUCUGAACUGAGCUUGAAUAAAAAAGCCUGAAGAAAUAUCUUUAUAACCAAACGGAUUCUUAGCUAAUUAUGCGUGAAUCUUCACCCGUAAAAAAGGUGCUUUAUUUCAGCUUGAUGCCCGAGAGCGGCUGAGUAAAUUGUAUCUGAUAAUCUUUGUUCAUCAAUCAGAAAGUGAGAAGUUUGGUAUUGAAAUGAAAUUGGGGAAGUGGAGGGGAUUGCCACCCAAUAGAGGCGGGGUGCCCAGUGAACUCUUUGUCAGAGUAUCUUAUCAGUGUUGAUAAAAAGAGCUAGUGAAAUAAGACUCAGUUUUUUUUGACUGUGUAGUAAUCGUAUUUUCUCCAUAAAUUUGACUGGUAGACGGCCAGUAUGUUCCGUUCAUAUAGACGGUACACCCAACCCAGGGAAAUCAAAAAUACGUCGAAAGAGUAUUUUUAUGCUUUUGUCAAGCCUCAGCGUUAUUAACGUCUCCCUAAAUAAAUAACAUUAGGUGCCAGCGGUUUACCUCAACCAGAUACCAUUUAUAUAUAAUUAUAUAGCAUCAAUUUCGGUCGUCGGAUAUUUAA